AUGUUAUUUUAUCUCAGUUACAAUACUAAAAAAUUAAAAUUCUGUGAUUUAUUCAGUUACUGUAGUACUUCAUAUUUAUUCAGUAUAUUCUUCAAUGUUCAAUCUGUCAAAAUUUUGACUCUUAAUCAUCUGCUACUUUUAAUAAACAAUGAUAAUUUUCCCAUUCCAGAAUCGGAAGAGAUUAAAUGUUAUAUUCAUGGUGUCUCACCUGUGAAAGAUGUGCAAUUCUCAGGGAGAGAAUAUUUCAAUUGCACUGUUAAAAAAAAAGAUGGUCCUGUCCGUGCGGUAAGUUUCUCUCCCAAUAAACAUUUGGAAUUUACUAGACGACAAAAAGCCAAAAGCCUGGUGAAAGUGUCGAACUAUACCAAAUCGAAAGGAAAAGAUAUUGUAUUCAAUCAGUAUACCAAAAUAACUCCUAUUGACGACAUUGAUUUCCAACAUUCUUCGAAGCUGCUUAUCACUGGCCUUGCCAAUACCAUUGCAUCGCUCAACGAAGUGGCUCCCGAACAGCUGAUCAGCGUCAAGGCAGAAAUAGCAGAGGUUUCAGGAGUCAAAAUUGUAAAUACCCAACAUCAAGGGAUGCUGAAAAAGCAAGAAGUACUUGUCCGGGACACUACAAGUCCCAUGAAAGUCGUGCUUUGGGAAGACAACGUCGAGCAAUUAGAGAAGAACAAAACCUACAUACUGAAAAACCUGAAA